UGGUUCGGUGUAGUCUGUUUAAGUCUGGUGUGACUUGGUCUGGUCUGAACUGGCCUGUUAAAUAUCUGGUCUCUGUGUAUUUUAUACUCCCUCCGGUUCCAAAUGAAAUUCACACUUUCCUUUUUCGGUAGUUCCAAAAUAAACUUCACACUUCUUCUCUCUUCCUUAUUAGACAAAUUAUCUACAUCAAAACAGUGUCAAAUAGUGUCAAACAGUGUUACAACAGUGUACGCUACAGUAAAAUCAAAUUUAUUUCCUUAAUUUAUGGAAAUCAAAGUGUGAAUUUCAUUUGAGACCGGAAGCAGUAAUGAGGGGAGUCAAAUAUGGUAUUGUCCGUUCAAAUUGGUGUGAUGUGGUGUGAAUCCUUUUAAAACCACAAGUAAAAACAUCUACAUCGGAGUAGUUGCUAAUAAUAAUGAUUCAGUAUUGCAGUUGCCAGAGAUUGGGGGCCAGUUGCAGUUGCAUACUCUUUUGAAGUCAAAAGGUUCGAGCAACCAACCAACUCCGGUUUUACAGAAGCACAGGAAGUGGUCUUCGUCGCUCAUAAGCUUUUUGUGUGAUAUAAGAGCAGCAUUCUUUUCUCUAAUGGCGAAUGCUGAAGAGCGGAGCAGCAGUCGUUCAAGAUGGUCUCUUUCUGGGAUGACCGCUCUUGUCACCGGAGGCACUCGUGGAAUCGGGCGCGCAAUCGUGGAGGAACUGGCUGAAUUGGGCGCCAGUGUAUACACAUGUUCCAGAAAGGAAGAAGAGCUGAAGCAGAGCCUGGAAGAUUGGGCUUCUAAAGGCCUCAAAGUCUCAGGCUCUGUCUGCGAUGCGUCGUCAAAAGAUCAGCGCCUGCUUCUCUUCCAGAAUGUUUCCUCUGCCUUCGACGGCAAGCUCAAUAUUCUGGUUAACAAUGUUGGGACACACAUCAUGAAGACUACCAAUGAGUUUACGGCUGAAGAAUACUCUCAUCUCAUGGCUACCAACUUAGAGUCUUCUUACCAUUUUGCUCAACUUGCUUAUCCUCUUCUAAAGGCAUCUGGAGCUGGAUCCAUUGUCUUUGUUUCCUCUGUUGCUGGCUUGGUACAUGUAUCAUUUGCUGGAUCUAUCUAUAGCGCUACCAAAGGGGCUAUGAACCAACUUACAAAAAAUUUGGCGUGUGAAUGGGCAAAGGACGCCAUUAGGGUUAAUUCUGUGGCACCUUGGUAUAUUAAAACCUCUCUUGUCAAAGAGUUUACUUCCGACAAAGAGUUUCUGGAAAGAGUAAUAUCCCGAACCCCUCUCAGGCGGGUAGGGGAACCCGAAGAUGUUUCAUCAGUGGUUGCUUUCCUUUGUCUUCCUUCUGCUUCUUAUGUAACCGGCCAGGUUAUUGCUGUAGAUGGUGGUUUCACUGUGAAUGGCUUUGAAAAUUAGAAGCUUGAAUGGGAAUCAAGGUUACCACUCCCUUGGCUUUCAUUUCUGUAUGCAUUAUAAAAUAAAAUGAAUAUGAAAAUAUGUACUGGUAUACUUUACCAAAUUUUUGUAUCCAUGUAAGUUAGUGUUAAACUGAGAUGUUAUGAAAUGUUUGGAAUGUAUUAAAAUGAUUAAUUUGUAAUAAAGUGUUUUGCAUUGUCUCGAUUUAUCUCAUUAGCCAGGCAAAUAAGAAAAUAAUGCUGCUCCCUCGUUCCUUUUUUUAUC